GGCGAGUACCUGGUACCUCCAGUCAAAGUACGCGUGUGCAGAGUGCCUUUUUCCCCCUUCCGCACAGCACCAGCACCACCAACCCUCUCUCGGAUACAACGCGCACGAGAACAGCAUCAUGGCUGACGUCCAGGUUGAGGAGUUCACCGGCGAGGUCGACGUCGAGGAGACGGAGAUGGUCCCUGUCGAUACCGAGAUGGAGCAGGUUGAGAUCAAGAUGUUCAACAAGUGGUCUCUCGACGACGUGAAGGUCGACGACCUCAGCCUUGAGGAUUACAUUGCCACAAAGGACAAGGCUGCCCGCUUUGUGCCCCACACCGCUGGCCGCUAUGCCAAGCGCCGCUUCCGCAAGGCCCAGUGCCCCAUUGUGGAGCGCGUCGUCAACUCCAUGAUGAUGCACGGCCGCAACAACGGCAAGAAGCUCAUGACCACCCGCAUCCUCCGCCACACCUUCGAGAUCAUCCACCUCACCACCGGCGAGAACCCCGUCCAGGUCCUCGUCAACGCCGUUGCCAACUCUGGUGCCCGUGAGGACUCCACCCGUAUUGGCCGCGCCGGUACCGUCCGCCGUCAGGCUUGCGAUGUGUCUCCUCUCCGCCGCGUCAACCAGGCCGUGUGGCUCAUCUGCACCGGCGCCCGUAACGCCGCCUUCAGAAACAUCAAGAGCAUCGCCGAGUGCCUUGCCGACGAGAUCAUCAACGCCGCCAAGAACUCGUCCAACUCCUACGCCAUCAAGAAGAAGGACGAGCUCGAGCGUGUUGCCAAGGGUAACAGGUAAAGGGACUGUUGUGCCACAAGCAGAACCGGCAGGCAUUGUGUCUCUGUGCGGAUACUCCUCGCUCCCCGUGCCCUGCUGCGUUUCCCGUUGUUGUUCAGUUCCAUACACAUUGAAAUAACAGCCGUUGGGGUUAACGCCAGCAGGAAUCCUUUGAAAUCCGUG